UGAAAGGCAUGAACGUGGAUUUGGACAUUUGAUUAGGUGCAGCCGGAUUCCUUUUUUUUUCGUGGAACAGUCUCCUUUCUACGCUCCGCACAUAUAGCAUCACCAUGGACGUUUUGGCGAAUCACGGUAUUUUUCAGGAACUCCAGCUAGUGCAUGACACCGGCUACUUCUCUGCGAUGCCUUCGCUGGAGGAGAACUGGCAGCAGACACGCCUGGAGUUGGAGCGUUAUCUACAGACGGAGCCCAAGAGGCUGUCGGACCUCUUUGACGAGGAGCUUGACUGCCUGCUCACCCCGGCCUACCUGAAGGAGGACAGUGAAGAAGAACUACUAGACCCUCUCCUCCCCAGCCCUACUCUACCGCCCCUGCUCUGCCCCUCUCGGAAGCACCUCUCUGGGGCCUUGAAGUCUGCCAAACUUAGAGACGGGAUGGGGUUAGGGUCUGGAGGGGGAGGGGUACACCCAGCCCAGUUGAGCGCCGUCACCUCCCUGACUCCGCCCUCGUCCCCGGAGCUGGGACGCCACCUGGUCAAGCCCGACCCCCACCAGACUCUGACGGCGUCCGCGGACGGCACGCUCACUCUCAAACUGGUGGCGAGGAAGGUGGGGCUGAGCUCCGCCAUGCUGGCAGCGACAGACGCGCCACCACUGCCCACAAGGCGUGACACCACAGGCGGGCACAGCGACGGCGAGCAGGGGGGCACGUGUGUGAUGGGCGUGGGGGGUAUCUCUGAGAACAAGAAGAGGGUCCACCGCUGCCAGUUUAACGGCUGCAGGAAGGUCUACACCAAGAGCUCCCAUCUCAAGGCCCACCAGAGGACACACACAGGUGACAGACACUCAUCAACACUACUCUGCAGUCUACAGCACAGUCGAAAUUGCAUUGGUUUUUAUUUCAGAUACUUUGAGCAUCAGAUUGAGCCUGCCUUGAAUACCAAAUGGACGGCACUUUUGGGACUAUUCUGUUCCAUCCCACUGCACUAGGCAAG